CUUCCUAGCACAGCGGCAGAGAAGGAUAUAUAAAGCAACAACCCAUGUACCACCAGAGUUAGGACAGAUCAUGGAUUCUGAAACAUUUGAGAAAUCUCGGCUGUAUCAACUGGAUAAAAGCACUUUCAGCUUCUGGUCAGGACUCUACUCAGAGAUCGAAGGCACACUUAUUCUUCUCUUUGGAGGAAUCCCUUAUCUCUGGAGCCUGUCUGGACGGUUCUGUGGUUAUGCCGGCUUUGGACCAGAGUAUGAGAUCAUGCAGUCCUUGGUGUUUCUGCUGUUGGCUACACUCUUCAGUGCGUUGACUGGUUUGCCGUGGAGCCUUUAUAAUACUUUCGUGAUAGAAGAAAAACAUGGCUUCAAUCAACAGACUUUGGGGUUCUUCAUGAAAGAUGCAAUCAAGAAAUUUAUCGUGACUCAAUGUAUUUUACUGCCCGUGUCUUCACUUCUACUUUACAUUAUUAAAAUUGGGGGUGAUUAUUUUUUUAUUUAUGCUUGGCUGUUCACAUUAGUUGUUUCUCUGGUUCUUGUCACAAUCUAUGCGGAUUAUAUUGCUCCUCUAUUUGACAAGUUCACACCUCUGCCUGAGGGAAAGCUCAAAGAAGAAAUUGAAAUAAUGGCCAAGGGUAUUGACUUCCCUUUGACUAAGGUGUAUGUUGUCGAAGUUUUAUGGCUUCUUCAAGAACAAGCGAUUAGUUUUGUUUGACACUCUGCUAGAGGAGUACUCUAUACUAAACAAAGACAUCCAGGAGGACUCUGGCACGGAGCCCCGCAAGGAAGGAGAAGGGGACAGUGAAGAAAUUAAAGCUAAAGUUAAAAAUAAGAAGCAAGGAUGUAAAAAUGAAGAAGUGCUUGCUGUCCUGGGCCAUGAACUGGGGCACUGGAAGUUGGGACACACAGUCAAAAAUAUCAUUAUUAGCCAGAUGAACUCUUUCCUAUGUUUUUUCUUAUUUGCUGUAUUAAUCGGCCGGAAGGAGCUAUUUACUGCAUUUGGUUUUUAUGACAGCCAGCCCACUCUAAUCGGACUGUUGAUCAUCUUCCAGUUUAUAUUUUCACCUUACAAUGAGGUUCUUUCUUUCUGCCUGACGGUCCUAAGUCGCAGAUUUGAAUUUCAAGCUGAUGCAUUUGCCAAACAACUUGGGAAAGCUCAAGACUUAUACUCUGCUUUAAUCAAACUCAACAAGGAUAAUUUGGGAUUCCCUGUUUCCGACUGGUUGUUUUCCAUGUGGCAUUACUCUCACCCUCCUCUGCUGGAGAGACUGCAAGCUUUGAAAACUACAAAGCAGAACUGAGCUGCCCCGGGCCUGUGACUGAAGACUUUUCUGGUUAUUUCUGUCUGGCAGCAUGUUCCAGCUCUUGAUGUUUUUAGACCUUUUUUUUGGUUGUUUGUUUUUUAAAGAAAAAUGAUUAAUUACAGAAAAGCCCAGAUUUAAAUACAUUUCAUAGCUCAUUUCAAAAUGAUUUUAAUAAUCCAUUCUUAAAGAGAGCACUGGAUGAAAUGUUGAGGCUUGAUACUUUUAAAGCAUCGAUGUCUCUCCUCUUUGACAUCUACUUUCCCCGCCCCUCAGAGAGCACACAGAGCUCGUUCUAUUGGGCCACUGCCCUGGAGUCUGCGCAGGCCGGACGUGUGGUCAGAAGCAGGAGCGCCACCUCUGCAUCCUCUGCCAGGCAGAGACAGCGUCCUGGGCCGUUGAGCUCAGGCCUGUGUUGAAGUCUGUUUUUACCUUCAUGCUAAUAUGAUUUAGCCUGGCCAGUCAGGGUUUUAAAGAAGAAAGAAAGCUAACAGGCCAGUGUUCUUCACAUGAACGUAGUUGGAAAUGCGCCCUGCUGUCCCACCAGAUUUCAGGUACUCUGUUCCCUCUCCCCACCACCGACCAGGGUUUCUAAUAGCGCUUUGAAAUUAGCAUCAGGAAUAGGACGUUUUAAAUCAUUGAGUUAUUUUGUUUUUAAGAAAAUCUCAGUCUUUAUCUCUCUUUCCCUCUGGUGGGCCUGAUCCCAUUAGAGGUAAC